CAGAUUGUAGACAUCAAAGAAAUUCAAAAAUUUGCGGAAUUCCCUCAAGGCCUUGGACUCCUUUCAAUUAAUCACAACGCUGAAUAAAAAAAAUAAGAAAAGCUCAAUCGUCCACAUGCUCGGUUACCUCCAUUGACUAAUUCAGUGUCUUGUCGACUGGCAUCAACACACCAUCGUCAUAAUCAUCAUUUAAUUCAAAGUCAGUGUGUCAAUAUAAAAAUUGCUGACAUGUCACAACAACCAACAUAAAUACUGUCAAGCUAAUUAAUCGAAUAAUAGUGACACACAAAAACACCUUGUGUAAUUUUUUUAUUUUUUUAUUUUAUUUUUCUUUGUUUUCAUUUUUAUAUUAUUAUUAUAAUUUGACACAAUGAAAACCAGAUUGUAUUUAACAAUGUUUUAUUUUCAUUAUUCAGUGUUGAAUGCUGAACAAGUUAGUAGUAUAUUUUGAUUGUGAAAAAAAAAUCUGUGUGUUUUUCCAUAGACUGGUUUUUGCAGUAUAAAAAAUUUAAAUAAUAAAAAAGAGACCUUCCAAAAAAUUUCCACAGGGUUGAGUUUGUUGUUCUCGUACAGUGACUUGUUUACCAUGCUGAUAUUGAUCUAUCAAGCAACUGCCAGUGAAUAGUUAAUCAUUUUAUUUAAUAAUAUUAAUUGUUGUAUUUUAUAUUUGCUAAAAAAAAAAGAGGAAGAGACAUCAUGAUGAUGUGGCAAGUGUUGUUUAUAUUUUUAAUAAGUGAACAAGUGUUUUGUAAAAAUAUUAGUGAAUCUAAUAAUGAAAAUAAUAUUAAAAAUUCAAAGACAUCAAUGAUGAAAACAAUGGAAUAUGAAAUUAAUGAUGAUCUUGGUCUUCCAAUGUUACAAAGAGACAUGACAUUGUUAUCAAUAAUUAUCGAUACAAUUAAAAAUGAAAAUUGUAAAAAUCAUGCAAUUAUGAUACUUCAAGAGACUCAAAAUUUAACAAAUUGGGCUGUUAAAUUUUAUGAUUCAUCUGGUAAAUUUCCAGAAGGAUUAUUGAGUGGUUCAACAUAUCAAUUUGGUAAUUUUGAUGAAUGCAUUGGCAUUGGUAGUGACAAUAAUUUACCAGGUGAUAUUAAAGGUAAAUAUUGUCUUGGAAAUAUUAAAAUUCAAGUGCCACAAAUAUAUUUAAAUAAAAAAUCAUCAAUAUGGCAAAAUUUUCGUAAUCGAUCAAAACGAUAUGACGAAUCAAUAAGUGAAUUAAAUUGGGGUAUAUGUGUACCAGCUUCUUGUCAAUCAGAAGAUAUACAAGAUAUUAUCGAACGAAUUAUUGGCUUUACAUUUAGCAGUUCGAAACUCAAAUUAACACCAAUUAUUGAUAAACAAAAAUGUUAUACAAAUGAACAACAACAACAGCAACAAUAUGACAGUAUUGAUUUUAUUUAUUUGUUAGUAAUCAUGACAAUUGUUUCAUUGAUUAUAAUUGGAACAAUUUUUGAUGUUAUAUAUUCAAAUAAUAAUCAUGAUAAAUCACCGAGUAUUGGAUUACAAGUUAUGAAUGCAUUUUCUUUUGUAUCAAAUUUAAAAAGGCUAUGUAGUCCAGCUAAUGAUGAUGGUCUUGGUUUGGAUUGUAUAUCAGGAAUUAAAUUUAUUGCAAUGGCAUUCAUUGUUGCUGGUCAUUGUCUUGUAUUUAUCAUUGGUGGUCCAAUUUUAAAUCAAAAUUUUUGGACAAAAGCAAUAACAAAAUAUGAAAAUUCAAUAUUUUUAAAUAAUCCAUUAUUAGUUGAUACAUUUUUACUAUUAAGUGGAUUUUUAUUUUCAAGAAUUUUAUUAAAAGAACUUGAUAAACGACGUUCUGUUAAUUUUUUAUAUUUAUAUAUAUUUCGAUACAUAAGAUUGACACCAGCUUAUUUUGUAAUUGUUGGUCUUUAUGUAACUUGGCUGCCAAGAUUGGACUCUGGUCCUCUUUGGUAUCGAAUGAUUGAGGAAAAACAAAGAUGCCAAUCAUCUUGGUGGACAAAUAUUCUUUACAUAAAUAAUUAUGUAAACACAGAUCAGCUGUGUAUGUUUCAAUCUUGGUAUUUAUCAGUUGAUACACAAUUAUUUAUCCUAGCACCAGUGAUUAUUUAUCCACUAUGGAAAUGGCGAAAACUUGGUGAAUACAUACUUGGAUUUGCAACAAUUAUUGCAGUAACUGUACCUUUUUUGGUGACGCUGGUUAAACAACUUGAUCCAACUUUAAUGAUUUACAUUGAUGAAAUUAAAGACAUUUCAACGAAUAAAUAUUAUAAAGAAACUUAUAUUAAAACUCACAUGAGAGCUGGAGCAUAUUGCUUUGGAUUAAUUUAUGGAUAUUUGUUGUAUAGAAUUCAAUCUGCUGAGUAUAAAUUGACAAAGAAUUGCGUGAGAGUUGGAUGGAUCAUGGCUAUACUUUCACUCGUAAUAUCCAUGUUCUCAAUAGGAAUUUUUUAUGGACCAAGAAAAAAUUUUACAUCAGUUGAAGCUGCUGUAUACUCAUCUCUACAUCGGGCACUUUGGAGUUUUGGUACUGGAUGGAUCCUUCUUGCUUGUAUAACAAAUAACUCUGGACCAUUAAGAAAUUUUUUAAGAUGGAGACCUUUUGUAGCACUUAGCCGUCUAACUUAUUCAGCUUAUUUGGUUAAUGGUUUAGUUGAAUUGCACAGUAUUUCAACAAUGAGAACUUCAAGUCAUCUCGAUAAUUAUAGCUUGUUUGCCAAAGUUAUGUCUCACUUGGUUAUUACGUUUCUUGGUGCUGUUGUACUAUCAACAUUUUUUGAAGCUCCAAUUCUCGGUCUAGAAAGAAUAUUUCUUCGACCUGCAAUGAAAAAAGCCAACGUCUCGACAAGUCAAACGACAGACGCAUAAAUAUCAACAACUCAAAGAUAUAAAGGUCAUGGAAUUUAUGACAAACCUGAUGAAUCUGGCGAUAAAACGGCUGAAGUAUCUUCGAUUUUCGGUGGAUUUACCAUGAUUGAAUGCUGUUAAAAC